AUGGCUUCAAGGGCACCUGGAGGCCGGCCUAGUGCUAGAUUCGCCCAGUUUAAGCUUAGCUCGCUGGUUUUGCGAUUUGUGAAAGACCAAUUUGACGACUAUCGAGAGUCUACUAUCGGCGCUGCAUUUCUUACACAGACUAUAUCACUCGAUGAAACGACUACAGUAAAGUUUGAGAUAUGGGAUACCGCUGGUCAGGAAAGAUAUAAAUCACUCGCACCCAUGUACUAUCGAAAUGCCAACUGUGCCGUCGUUGUCUAUGAUAUAACUCAGGCUGCAUCUCUUGACAAGGCCAAGUCAUGGGUAAAGGAGCUUCAGAGACAGGCGAACGAAAACAUUAUCAUUGCGCUGGCCGGAAACAAGCUUGAUCUCGUCAGUGAAAGUCCGGACAAGCGCGCUGUCGAAACCGCUGAUGCGGCUGCCUAUGCCAAAGAAGCUGGUCUGUUGUUUUUCGAAACCUCUGCGAAGACGUCGACGAACGUACGGGAACUAUUUACCGCUAUUGCGAAGAAGCUACCUCUCGACCAGGCUGGUCCACGAAAUCUGCGGGCAAACCCAAGACCGGGCGUUGACUUACGCCCGGAGUCGGCGAAUACCCAAGGAGGAGCAUGCAGCUGCUGAGUGCAUUAGAGGAUAUCUUUGUUUAUUCAUUAUCCAUCAUGACUGUUUGGAACGCAC